GAGACACGGAGCAACAGCACAUUCUGGGAACACACUUGAUGUGAUGUUUUCUUGGUUGCCUCUUCCUUCUCCCAUCUGCAGAUCGUGGUUCUUGUAAGGGCAGGACAUUCGGCCUCCAUCUGUCCUCUAAAGGACACCCGUCUAGGGUCUCUGAGGAACAAUGGAAGUCUUGGGGUUUCUCAAACUGGACGUGAACGGCCCCAUGCUGACGGUGGCCCUGUCAGUGGUCCUCUUGGCGCUCCUGAAAUGGUACUCCACAUCAGCGUUUUCAAGGCUGGAGAAGUUGGGCAUCAGACAUCCCAAGCCUUCCCCUUUUGUUGGAAACCUGACAUUUUUCCGCCAGGGUUUCUGGGAAAGCCAAAUGGAGCUCAGAAAGCUAUAUGGACCUCUGUGUGGGUACUAUCUUGGCCGUCGGAUGUUCAUCGUUAUCUCUGAGCCAGACAUGAUCAAACAGGUGUUGGUUGAGAACUUCAGUAACUUUACCAACAGAAUGGUAUCAGGUUUGGAAUCCAAACCGGUAUUGGACAGCAUCCUAUUUUUACGGGACAAAAGAUGGGAAGAGGUCAGAGGCGCCCUAACUUCUGCUUUCAGUCCUGAAAAGCUGAAUGAGGUGACUCCCCUAAUCAGCCAAGCCUGUGACCUUCUCCUGGCUCAUUUAAACCACUAUGCAGAAUCUGGGGACGCGUUUGACAUCCAGAGGUGCUACAGCUGCUACAGCACAGAUGUGGUGGCCAGUGUCGCCUUCGGCACCCCGGUGGACUCCCAAAAGGCUCCUGAGGACCCCUUUGUCAUGCACUGCAAGCGUUUCUUUGCUUCCUGUAUCCCCAGACCUCUCCUGUUUUUAAUCCUAUCAUUUCCAUCCAUAAUGGUCCCACUGGCCCGGAUUUUGCCCAAUAAGAACCGAGAUGAACUGAAUGGCUUUUUUAACAAACUCAUUAGGAAUGGGAUUGCCUUGCGGGACCAGCAAACAGCCGAAGAGAGAAGGAGAGACUUCCUCCAAAUGGUCCUGGAUGCCCGACAUUCCGCCCCCUCUGUGGGCGUGGAGAGCUUUGACAUCGUCAGACAAGUCUUCUCCUCCACCGACUGCUCAGUGAAUCCUUCCGAGCCCAGACGCCUAUCCAAGCCUUUGACUGUGGAUGAGGUUGUGGGCCAGGCCUUCCUCUUCCUCAUCGCUGCCUACGAGAUCGUCACCAACACACUCUCUUUUGCCACCUACCUACUGGCCACCAACCCUGACUGCCAGGAGAAGCUUCUGACAGAGGUGGACCAUUUCAACAAGAAAUAUACGACCCCUGAGUACUGCAGCCUCCAGGAAGGCCUGCCCUACCUAGACAUGGUGAUCGCAGAGACCUUAAGGAUGUACCCGCCAGCUUUCAGGUUCACACGGGAGGCGGCGCAGGACUGUGAGGUGCUGGGGCAGCGCAUCCCGGCAGGCGCCGUGGUGGAGACAGCCGUGGGCGCCCUACACCACGACCCUGAGCACUGGCCGUGCCCUGAGACCUUCGACCCCCAGAGGUUCACGGCGGAGGCCCAGCAGCGCAGGCGGCCCUUCACGUACCUGCCAUUUGGAGCGGGUCCCCGGAGCUGCCUCGGGGUGCGGCUGGGGCUGCUGGAGGUCAAGCUGACGCUGCUCCACGUUCUGAGCAACUUCCGGUUUGAAGCCUGCCGGGAGACUCAGGUGCCACUGCAGCUAGAAUCCAAAUCUGCCCUAAGUCCAAAAAAUGGCGUCUACAUCAAGAUUGUCUCCCGCUGACACAGUGAUGAGGGCACCCCCUCAUUCAAAGCAAACGCUUAUGUGGAAAUUCAGAUUUUUGGGGAAACAUUAUGUAAACAAUUGAAAGGGUGCCUGGCAUGCAAGUAUAAAAGAGGUCACUUAUGUAACGUUUCCUAAAUGCUUAAUAAAUGUUUGUUGCACUUGGGUUUGACUCUGCCAAAGGUGUUUGAACCACUGAUCCA